ACACACACACACACACACACACACACACACAUCGUGUCCUACGCCUUGUGGUCCUCCUCCGGCGGGUCAGGAGAUCGCGAGAGGCCGUAUGUACCUGCGUUUGCGUCCGGACCGCGUGGCCAUGUGGGCCACGGCGCAGACGGCCAGGCUGCAGUUCAUCAGCAGCGGCCUGCCCAGAGUGGCCGUGCCCUCCACCAUCCGCUGCGACCACCUGAUCGAGGCACAGACCGGCGGAGCCCUGGACCUGCAGAGGCCCAAGGUGUGCUGUGUAGUGUUGUACUCCUGCAGCACAUUUAUAUUUACACAGCACUUAUUACUUUAUUCCUCUUUAUGUCUCUCACAUCGCGGAGUUCCUUACUGUGUUCCCAGCUACUGCUAAACAUUAACCGUCUGGAGGUAAAUUACUCGCCAGAAAGAUGUGCCAGAAAGAUCUUUCGCAUAAGUAUUCACCCCCUUCACAGGUCGCACACUUGAAUGCGAUCACAACCUUUUUUUU